AUGUUAGCAUCAAUAUUAGCCACACUUUAUUGUUACCUAAUGAAACCCACAAGAAAGAAACACGUUUAUCUUGUGGAUUUUGCAUGCUACAAACCUCAUAAUCCUGCAUGCAUGUGCACUAAGGAGCAUUUCUUGAAGUUAAUAAAGAGUACAGGAAAAUUUCGAGAUGAGAGCUUAGAUUUCCUACGGAAGAUUCUAGAGAGGUCUGGAAUUGGUGAAAAGACCUACAUUCCGGAAUGUAUCAUGAAAUUCCCGAAAUACAUAAGCUUGGAUGAGGCAAAGGGUGAGACAGAGUCCGUGAUGAUUGGCGCCAUUGAUGAACUUAUGUUGAAAACAAAAGUGAAGAAAGAGGAAAUUGGAAUCAUUGUGACGAAUUGUUCUUUGUUCAAUAGCAUACCCUCUCUCAGUUCAAUGAUUGUCAACCAUUACAAGCUUAGCCACAAUGUCUUGACCUAUAAUCUUAGUGGCAUGGGUUGCAGUGCUGGACUUAUUUCCAUUGAACUUGCCAGACAACUAUUGCAGGUACAUCCCAACUCUUAUGCCUUAGUGAUCAGCACGGAAAAUAUUAACAGUGGCUCGUACUUUGGAAACAACCGUUCCAUGCUUGUUUCUAAUUGCCUCUUUCGCGUGGGAGGUGCAGCAAUUUUACUCUCUAAUCGCAUUUCCGAUUCUCUUCGUUCCAAAUAUUAUCUCAAACACAUUGUUCGCACCCACAAAGGUUCUCAAGAUAAUUGCUACAACAGCAUCCUUCAAAAAGAGGACGACAAUGGUGAUACUGGUGUCGCGCUUUCUAAGGACAUUAUGAGUUCUGCUGGAGAAGCCCUUAACGCAAACAUCUCAACUCUUGCGAAAAAUGUGCUACCUUUGAUUGAACAACUGAAAUUUCUCACGAAUUUGGUUGCGAGAAAUUUAUUUAAGAAAAAGGUCAUAAAGGCAUAUGCUCCAAAUUUUAUGCUUGCUUUUGAACACUUUUGCAUUCACACUGGAGGAAAAGCAGUGCAAGAUCAGAUGCAAAAAGUGCUGAAACUAAGUGAUUGGCAUAUGGAACCUUCUAGAAUGACUCUCUAUAGAUAUGGUAACACUUCAAGCAGCUCAGUGUGGUAUGAAUUGGCAUAUUGUGAGGCCAAAGGAAGAGUCAAGAAGGGUCAUCGGAUAUGGCAGAUUGCAUUUGGGUCAGGAUUUAAGUGCAACAGUGCUGUGUGGUAUGCACUGCAAACUAUUGAUCCAGUAAAGGAGAAGAACCCUUGGACAGAUGAGAUUCAUGAAUUUCCCGUUAAUGUUACAAAUCAUUGA